UUAACGCGAGCCGGUGCCGUCUACCAUGGCUGAUGAAAACGCCAGCAAAUGUAGUUACAACGUGUUGAACUGGGAGCAAGUGCAACGCCUGGACCGGAUCCUGACCGAGACCAUCCCGAUCCACGGGCGCGGAAACUUCCCGACGCUGGAGGUGAAGCCGCGGCAGAUCGUGCAGGUGGUGCGGAGCCGCUUGGAGGAGAAGCGGAUCCGCGUGCGGGAUGUCCGGCUGAACGGCUCGGCUGCCAGUCACGUCCUGCACCAGCAGAGCGGACUGGGCUACAAGGACCUGGACCUGAUCUUCCGAGCCGACCUGAGCGGCGACAAGGAGUUCCAGACGGUGAAGAACGUGGUGCUGGACUGCCUGCUGGACUUCCUGCCCGAGGGGGUGAACAAGGAGAAGAUCAGUCCGCUCACCCUCAAGGAGGCGUACGUGCAGAAGAUGGUCAAAGUUUGCAACGACUCCGACCGCUGGAGCCUGAUCUCGCUCAGCAACAACAGCGGCAAAAACGUGGAGCUGAAAUUCGUGGACUCUCUGAGGAGGCAGUUCGAGUUCAGCGUCGACUCCUUCCAGAUCAACCUGGACUCGCUGCUGCUCUUCUACGAGUGCAGCGAGAACCCCAUGUCCGAGCACUUCCACCCCAGCAUCCUGGGCGAGAGCGUGUACGGCGACUUCGAGCAGGCGCUGGAGCACCUCCAGCACAAGGUGAUCGCCACCCGCAACCCCGAGGAGAUCCGGGGCGGGGGGCUGCUCAAGUACUGCAACCUGCUGGUCAGGGGCUUCCGGGCGGCCUCGGAGAGCGAGAUGAAAGCCCUGCAGAGGUACAUGUGCUCCCGCUUCUUCAUUGACUUCUCGGAUAUCGGGGAGCAGCAGAGGAAGCUGGAGUCCUACCUGCAGAACCACUUUCUGGGGCUGGAGGACAGGAAGUACGAUUACCUGAUGACCCUGCAGAGGGUGGUGAACGAGAGCACCGUGUGUCUGAUGGGCCAUGAGAGGAGACAGACGUUGAACCUCAUCACCGUGCUGGCCCUGCGGGUGUUGGCCGAGCAGAACAUCAUCCCCAAUGUGGCCAAUGUGACCUGUUAUUACCAACCCGCUCCUUACGUGACAGACGCCAAUUUCAACAACUACUACAUCGCCCAUGUGCAGCCCGUGUUCACCUGCCAGCAGCACACCUACUCCACCUGGCUCCCCUGUAACUGA